AUGGUAACCUAUAACGAAACAGAGUUGGAAAGAGCUUCCAUCCUCGAUGAUCCCGAUAUUACUCUAGAACAAGUUCUGCUGCACCCUGAGUUUACUGAUGCCUACAGGGAAUAUGAUAAUAAACUAAUUGAUUACCUCUGUCAAACUCAAAAUAUUCUUCGAAUGAUCGAAUUUAUUCGUCAAGGUCCUGAUCUGUCAAAAUCUUCCGAUAAGCAAUAUGAUUUGAUUUGCCGAGUUGAAUUUCUUUUCCAACAAGAUGUCUCGAGUGUUAAGGCGGCUUUUCUCUCAAAUACUGUGACUCUUGAUGCGCUGUAUAGUAUUUUAGAGGAUGAUGAAUCCUCUUCUCGUCUUUCUACUCUCACUCUAACCUGCCGCAUUUUUUCAACCGUUUAUCGAGAUGCCGCCCUUCUUCAGUUUCUUGCCACCAAGCCCGAGUUGGUUUCAACAUUUUUUCGUCUCGUUGACUAUGAUUGUGUUCGUGAUCUCUUCAUCUCCUUUUUCCACAUUUACGAGUCCUCUGCAUUUGCGCUUUUUCAAAGUUUGGAUAAUCAGCACUUUGUCCAACGUCUUCUAAAGCGUUUCCUUAGUGAAGAAACGAAGGAGUCCCCCUCUGCAAGUACCGACCAGAAAACUCUUAUUGGACAUUUUCUCUGUCAAAUUAUGUUCGUCAUGCGUCAAUUGAGUCAAGCUGCCCACCAACCAGCUAAUCCUCUUUUGGCUCACUUGGAAAGUUUAGAUCCCUUGGGUCUGUUAGAUGGUACAGAAAUUGCCCUCAUAUAG